CUCUUAUAAAGCCACUCUGAACUCAGGGUCUCUAAACCAAGAGGAGACACGAUGGCUUCCAUGCAGAUCGUGUUCGGCCUUCUUUUGAUUUCAGAACUUGCGCACAUCAGUACAGCUUCCUUCUAUGAUGGGGCUGAGGAAUUGGACAAUGAUGUGAUUCUUAGCGCUGCCGUAGAAGCAAAGAAGCUUGUAGAUACGGCUUACAAACACACCCGUGAACUUCUCAAGGAGCGCCUUAAAAGUAAAAAUGUCAGUCCACAUGAAGUCAUGGCAUUCUUCAAACAACCCGUGGCCAUCAGUCGAACACAUAUCCGUUCUGCUGACUACAUGCAGACCACCCUUCAACUUCUGGCGGAGAAGGUUCACAGCAUCUACAAAAACCCUUUUAACAUCUCAGAUGUGCUGACCGCAAACCAGCUAGAUACCAUAUAUAAAGUUUCAGGAUGUGCUUUUCUAAAUUUGCCGAAAUCUUGCACAAGCAGUCGUUAUCGCACCAUCAAUGGAGAAUGCAAUAACAGGAGAUUCCCCGACUUUGGAGUUUCCAACAGGCCCUACAUUCGCUUGCUGAGGGCACAGUAUGAAGAUGGUAUAUCCCUGCCACGUGGCUGGACAGAGAAUCGAAAAAUCAAUGGCUUCGCUUUGCCUCUGGCACGAGCAGUGUCCAAUCAGAUUAUACAAUUUCCAGAAAAAGAGCAGACAUUGGACAGGCAGCGUUCUCUCAUGUUCAUGCAAUGGGGACAGUGGAUUGACCACGACAUUGAUCUUGCCCCUGAGACUCCAGCAAGGUCAACCUUCUUGAAAGGAAUUGAUUGCGAUGUCAGCUGUGCUCGUGAGCCACCCUGCUUCCCUCUGAGGAUUCCUCCAAAUGAUCCCCGAAUACGCACAUCAGACUGUAUCCCACUCUUCCGCUCUUCCCCAGCCUGUGUAAAAGGUACCCCUAUACGUGAGCAGAUGAACAUUCUAACAUCCUACGUUGAUGCCAGUCAGGUCUAUGGCAGCACCAACAAAGUAGCCAGUGAGCUCCGUGACAAUAGCAACCAACGUGGCCUAAUGGCCGUCAAUGAUAGAUUCAAAGACAAUGGCCUUGACUACUUGCCCUUCGCCAAAGGAGAAGAAGACUUCUGUCUACUGACUAACAAGACAUCUGGGCUGCCAUGUUUCUUUGCAGGGGAUGUUCGCGUAAGUGAACAGCCUGGACUGACUGCAUUCCAUACAAUCUUUGUGCGAGAACACAACCGUAUAGCCACUCAGUUGAGAAGGCUAAACCCAACAUGGUCAGGAGAAGUUUUGUACCAGGAGACAAGAAAAAUUAUUGGAGCAAUUACACAGAAAAUCAACUACAAGGACUGGGCUCCAUUGCUGCUGGGUACUGAGACGCCUCGGGUGCUGCCACGGUACCGGGCUUAUAAUGACAGUGUGAACCCUGGAGCAUCAAACGUCUUCAGUUUAGCAUUCCGGAUGGGCCACACCAUGAUCCAACCCUUCAUUUAUCGGCUGGUGGAUGGUUACAGGACCUCAUCACAGUUGCCUCCUGUUCCUCUACACCUAACAUUCUUCAACACCUGGAGAGUUGUGAGAGAAGGGGGUGUUGAUCCUCUUCUUCGUGGUCUUAUGGCUAAUCGUGCCAAGCUUAACCGUCAGAACCAGAUUUUGGUGGAUGAACUGCGUGAACAUCUCUUCGAACUCUUCAAACGACUUGGUCUUGACCUGGGGGCCAUCAACAUGCAGCGUGGCAGAGAACAUGGACUCCCAGGGUACAAUGACUUCAGAAGGUUUUGUGGACUUUCCCAGCCGAGAAAUGUCAAAGAAUUGGCUGUGGUGAUGUGUAAUACUGAACUGGCUCAGAAAUUGAUAGCUCAGUAUGGCACAGCGGACAAUAUUGACAUAUGGACAGGUGCUGUUGCUGAACCUCUGGUCAAUAAUGGGAGAGUGGGUAAGCUGUUGGCCUGUUUGAUCGGAGACCAGUUCCGCAGGACACGUGACGGGGACAGCUUUUACUAUGAGAGGUCGAAUCAGUUCACAGCAGCUCAACGGAAUGCUAUAGAAAGAGUGACAAUGUCACGGAUAAUUUGUGACAACACAAAGAUCACACAAGUUCCUCGGAAUGUCUUUGUUGCUAACACAUUUCCAAGCAAUUUUUGUAACUGCUCCAGUAUCCCUGCACUUAACUUAUCCCCUUGGAGAAGAAGAAAGAGUGGAGCAGAACUUGAGGAUCAUGAAGAAUAAAUACAGCAGAAGACGAUAUUUGACGCUGGAUGAUCUCUUUGAGCAUCUAUUAUUUGUUGUCUAUAUGUCAUUAGGGAGACAUGGGUUAAGGAUGCUCCACGCUGACCAUGCAAAACUCAGACCUGCAACAUUUGUGGAAAUAAUUAUAUGUUAAACUUUAGGAACCUCUAGACUUUAAAGAAACAGUUAAAGCACCAUAACUACUACAAAAGACUGAGCCAAUGAGCUAAGCCCUGCACUGCUAGACUUGGCUUAGACAGAGAGCUUUUGGUGGAGGUGGGGACCGGUUUAAAAAUGGUUUGACUAUUUUCAUUGGGGGUUGCCAGGGGUUAGCGCACUGUAGUGGUUAUAGUGCUUGGAGUGUU